GGUGGUUCGUUCAGUCGUAUAAAUUUUUACAGGCGUACAUUCGGUUAAAACAUUUUCUUAUGAUUUUAUUUUCCAAAAAUAUAAAUCUAAAUUAAACGCUUUUAUCGCGUUAAACAAUUUAUUAUUUUUGUGUUUUAUUGAAUUUAACUACUUCAAUUUGAAUAUUAUAAAAAGUCUACAAAAAAAAAAUAAGAAGAAAAAAAGUGAAAAUUAGUGCAAGAAAGAAAAAAAAAAACUACGAAAAAAAAAUCAUUUUUGCCAUUUCCUAAUUGGAAAGAAAAGUUUAGCUAUAUACCGGUCAAAGCGAGACAGUCGCAUGUAUGAGAAAACUAAUUUCUGCUAAAAUAAUCGUCGUACAUGAAAUUAAGUUUAUAUUUCUAUCUCUGUUGCUCUUACGUUUUUUAAGUUGAAAAUUUGUUUAAGUGCAUUUUGAUGUGUCAAAAGUGAAAAUUUUUCACACGCAGUGAAAAUUCCAUUGCGGAUGAGAUUUUUUUUUUUUGGUAUUGCUAUCGUAAUAUUCCAUCGUGCAAUGCAAAUAAAAUAAUUUAACUUUUUCUUUAGAUCUUAAAACGAAGAAACUUUUUUGAAAACUUUGAACUACAACAAUCAUCAUCACACGCCUGACACUGCCGCAGGAGAAGAACCAAGUAAUCAUAUAAUUUAAUUAGGCAUUCUUGUCGUUCAAAAGGCAAACACAAAUACAAAGACAAAACGAACAAAACACAAAAGUCACUCUCUCUCAUAUUGCGACUAGGUACUUACUUACCUGUACUUUGUCUUGCCCCCGCAGUUAGUUCAACAUCCAUCAAUCAUCGUACAUGCAGCAAGUUGUUCGUUCUGCAAAUCAAAUAAAUAUCAGAUUACAUGAAUUCAAAAAAGAGACGGAAAUUUUGCCAUCGUCGCCUCAUCACAAUCGAUCAGCUUUAUCGACACACUGAUUAGUAGUAGAAGGAAUCCCUAUUGGUUUUUUUUUUUACUUCGAAUUGAAAACUAGAGAGCAAUUACAUCAUUAUUUAUGGGGUCAGCAAGAGAGUUCCACCCCAUAAGUUGAUUAACUAUAUCUACACAAUAAACAAUAUUGAAUUGAACCGAAACAAAACGACUGAUUUUUUAUAAAUAAAUUUAUUAAGUGCAUUAUAUACUUUUUGUAUAUAGAAAAAAAAAAAAAAAAAAACAAAAAACAGAAAAUAAAACGAUUUAUUUACUAGUAAAUGGCAUAUCAAUUGUGAUACUUAAAGAUUGUGCAACAAACUAAACUAACUAAUGACUCCAUGACAAAUUAGCAGCGUUUUGUUUUGCAAAUAUGUAGCUAUUUAAUUGGACAUUGGUUAUUUUUUUUUAUUUUUAAACUAAGAAGAGACAUACACAUACUGUUCUGCCCGAUAGAAGGGAGAACCAAUUGUCCCUUGAAAGUAUAACCAGCAAGAAAGGUCAAAGAUAUCAUCAAAAUGUCUUUUAUAAAUAACCUGAAGAAGGUUUUCCACAUCGGAGGUGGAGAAGCCAAAAAGAAACGGCUAUAUAACAAUAUCAAGAUGGACACGGAUCCAGCUGAUUUCUGGGAAAUGGUUGGAGAAUUAGGUGAUGGUGCAUUUGGUAAAGUUUAUAAAGCUCAGCAUAAGGAAACGAGAAGAUUUGCUGCAGCCAAAAUGUGUACACUGGAGGAUGAGGAGAACCUCAGUGAUCAUAUGGUGGAGAUUGAUAUUCUCUCGGAAAUUAAGCAUCCAAAUAUAGUGGAACUGUAUGAAGCGUUUUCCCUCGACGAUAAAUUAUGGAUGUUAAUUGAGUACUGUGAUGGCGGUGCCUUAGAUAGUAUUAUGGUAGAAUUGGAAAAACCUCUAACCGAACCUCAAAUAGCCUAUGUAUGCAAACAUAUGACUGAAGGCUUGAGUUUUCUACACAAAAAUAGAGUAAUUCAUCGAGACUUAAAGGCUGGUAAUGUACUAUUGACCAUGGAAGGCGGUGUCAAGUUGGCUGAUUUCGGGGUGUCAGCUAAAAAUAAACACACACUCCAGAAGCAUGACACAUUCAUUGGUACGCCAUACUGGAUGGCUCCCGAAUUAGUUCUAUGCGAAACUUUUCGGGAUAAUCCAUACGAUUUGAAGGUUGAUAUUUGGUCGCUUGGUAUUACUCUGAUUGAAUUGGCACAGAUGGAACCACCAAAUAGUGAAAUGUCUCCAAUGCGAGUACUUUUGAAAAUUCAAAAAAGUGAACCUCCUCGAUUGGAUCAGCCUUCUAGAUAUUCAAAGGACUUUAAUGACUUUUUAAGUAAAUCUUUAGUGAAGGAUCCUUUGUUACGACCAUCAACUGAUAACUUAAUGGCGCAUCCAUUUAUAAAUCGAAAUCUUGAUUGCAAGCCAAUAAAAGAUCUGCUUUUGGAAUACAAAGCUGAAGUUGUUGAAGAAGAAGUUGUUGACGAAGAAGCCGAGGAACCCCGCAACUCUGCCCACCCACUCGACCUGGACGAUGACUCUUCAUCACAACAGAGCCAAGAAAUCGAUAAACGUAAGAUUCCAGGCACUCCAACAUCAGUGUCACAAACAUCGAGGGACUCUAAAGAAUCGUCACCAGCGAUCCCGACUACUCCUACAGCAUCAACAGCAACUCCACCACUACCUACAACACCAACUCCACAAACGGUUCCAGCACAAAUUACAAUACCACCAGCUCCAGCAGCAGCGGCGGCAACUGGUAAAGCGGAAAAUAAUGCCAAGUCUCAAGUUAAAACAUCAUUACCUCCGCCACCACCAACCGCAACUGUACAAGAUAAAAUUCCGCCACCACCAGCAAUUGUGCAAAAGCAAAUAAGUCCUCCUCCACCCCCGUCACAAAAAUCAGCGCAACCACCCGCUGCUAGAGUUGAUACCAAGGCAACUGCACCAGUACCACCAACGCCGAUAAGUGAAAUUACACCUGAAAAUGAAAGGAAAAAGGUUGACAGUGCUGAUGGAGAAAAGAAGGUUAUUAAAAAAGAAAAGGGUAAAGCGCCACCACCACCACCAUUGAUGAUUAUUUCACAACAACAACAGAAGAAGGUCUCUGAGUCGCCAGAAAUUAAAGAUAACACAGAUACAGCUGCUGCUCUUUUGAAGGAUAUUAUCAAACCUCCACCAGAAUUCGAAGAGGAUAUAAGCAUCACACCGGUUAUUAACAACAACAUAAUUGAAGAGGAGACAUCAUCAAACAAAGAAGAAACAAUAACGGUUGAAUUUAAAAAGAGUUCGAAUGAAGAAAAACAAGUUAUACCGAUAAGCAGAAGCAACUCGGGUGAUGAUCAGUUAAAACCACCGUCUCCGACUUCAUCUUCAUCAAUAUCAGUUACUUCUACUCCAUCGAAAAUUGUUUCUAUGGGAACAACUACAACGACUUCUUCAAAUACAUCGCUUAUCACAAUUAAUAGUGGCAGUGGAGAGGAAGAUAAUAAGAGCAUCUUGCCCAAUAGCCUUGCGUCGAAUGUGAGUCAAAUAACUGUCGUAACGAGCACGCAUCCUCCCGUAAUCAUAGAUAAUCCUCAACAAAGAGUUGAUACACCUACAAAAUCAAAUAGUAGCAGCAGUAGCGAAGUUAUAAUUGUAUCCAACGAACUUAAUAAGACACAUGUAAAUGAAUCGUCAACAGAUGAUGAUUAUCCGUCAUUGGAUAGUUUGGAACAUUCACCACGUAAACAGUCUAGCAUGAUUGUUAUCAAUGAAGACGAGGCUAUGGGCAACGCACCGAAAUCUGCAGCGGUUCCCACGAACGCUCGAAAAUUAGAUGAGAGCGAAGUACUGAUAGUUAGCCCCAGUUUCGUAGAUGAAGACUCUGCUUAUAACACAGCCUCAGUAGGAGGCAUGGACAAUCAUCUGUUAGACACUAGUCACGUUUCUGUGGUUACAGUUGGCGAAGAGAUUAAAGUCAAAGACAGCAGCCACAUUCGAACUGCUGAGUCAAGUAGUGAUUUGUCGUCGGUGGGUCCGAGUGAAUGUAGUGACGAUACUCGUAGUAGUAACGAACACAUUCUAGCAAAGCCAGCCAACAAAAUGAACGGUGGACAGUUGGUAAAAACCACAUCGGUCUCUGCGUCUCGUGAAGAUGUCAGUAUCAUUGUGAAUCACAAAAAGACUUUGCCAGAGAAGCGCAUCUCCCCAGACAGCAGUGUAGGCUCAAUGGAAUCACGAACACAUAGCGAAUGCGGAUCUGUAAGGUCUAGUGGCGGAACACCUAUCCGCGGUGUGAUCAAAAUCGAUCGCAGUGAUGCCGAGAGUAUUGCCACCACUACUAGUCAUGAUAGUCGAGAGCAGGAAGAGGAUGUUAUCAUACGACGCAAACCCUCACCUCCAAAGGUGGUGCCGACCAAAGAGGAAAUUGAGCUGCGUAAUCUUCGCAAAAAGACCCGCAAACGUACCAGAAAGUUUGAAAUUGAUGGUGUGCAAGUGACCACGACCACAAGCCGAGUAAUCUAUGGCGAUGAUGAGACUGGCCGAUUGUAUGAUGACCAUGUGUUCAGAAAGCAGGAGCUGCGAGAGUUGAAAUUGUUACAGAAGCAAGAAAAGAAACAACAAAAUGACUUGCAAAUGAAGGAGCAAAUGGCCAAAGAGCAACAAGAUCGUCGUUUUGAACAAGAGCGUAUAACUUUAGAAAAGACAUACGAAAGUGAUAUGGAUUCGUUGGCUCGGCAACAAAAGCAAUUAAUUGAAAAAACAGAACAAAAUCAAGAAGCUGAGCUGCGUUCAUCUUCGAAACGAAUUCGCUCUGAGCAAGAACAAGAGUUGAAAAUCUUCAGGGAAAAUCUUAAACAAGAGAUUCGUUUGCUUAAGCAAGAAAUUGACUUGUUACCCAAGGAAAAACGAAAGGAUGAGUUCAAGAAACGACGAGCAGCCAUGGAACUAGAUCACGAAGAAAAGGAGCGACAAUUUUUGGAUUCUCUGAAGGAACGUCACGAAUUAUUGUUGAGACGAAUUAGUGAGAAGCAUCGUGAUCGUUUGGCAACAAUCGAUCGUAAUUUCUUACAACAAAAACAAAAUGCUAUGCGUACUCGGGAGGCUCUGAUCUGGGAACUAGAAGAAAAACAUUUGCACGAAAGACAUCAAUUAUCGAAACGUCAUGUUAAAGAUAUGUGCUUUAUGCAGCGGCAUCAAAUGAUUAUUCGUCAUGAAAAAGAACUUGAUCAAGUGAAACGAAUGUUGCAACGCAAAGAAGAAGAUUUGUUAAAGAAGCAAUCGGUUGAAAAGCGAGCUUUACCAAAACGUAUCCGCGCCGAACGAAAAGCCAGAGAUCUUAUGUUUAGAGAAUCGUUGAGGAUAUCAACAAAUCUAGAUCCUGAAGUUGAGAGAGAAAGAUUGAAAAAAUUCCAAGAACAAGAAAAGCGACGCUACAAUCAAGAAGAGAAGCGUUUUGAAAUCAAACACCAAAAACAACUGGAAGAAUUGAGAGCUACUCGUGAAGGAGCAAUAAGGGAACUGGAGCAACUGCAGAAUGAGAAACGCAAGGCACUAGUCGAGCACGAGACUCAAAAAUUAAAGGAGAUCGAUGAACGACUCCAAAGAGAGUUACGCGAGUGGAAGGAACAACUAGUUCCACGCAAACAAAAACUAGUGACCAAACUAGAGCAUAUGGUAGAUAUGUAUGAACAAAAGCAUGGACCGGUUCCAGAACGAUCUAUAUUCGAUGGUGAAAUUGAAGUGCCAGUGCAUUUGCGCAACAAAAGUUUGUCUUUGUCUCGUGGUGGUUUUCUAGGCAGUCUAACGCGAUCUAGGACAUUCCUAAGUCUUUCCUCAGACUUUUCAAGUAGAGGUUUCCGAGGCUCGGCACCGGAUUUAAGUCGCAGUAUGCCCAACACUCCUAUCACGGGCACAAAACAACCAAACAAUCAUCGCGUUUUAAUGCCAACUAUGUCUGUGGAAUCGGUAAUUGAAGAAUCAUCUUCACCACAACAUAGCAUUUCAUCAUCGGCCAGUGGGAAUGUUAGCAAAAUUUAUAUUAGAGAUCCAUAUAGCAGCAACAACAACAACACUGAGGGAACCUCGGUCGAAAUAAGACGCAAAGAAGAUACAUUACUCCCGCGUUUAUCAUCGACCCUUCCUAACAAAAAGUAUCCUCGUUACAGUAACGAAUCCCAUAUUACGAGAGUUACAUUAGGAGGUAAUUCUGCCCCCAGAAGUCCAGUUGAUGAAACUCCAACUUUGACAACAUUCCGUCCAACAUCUGUUGAUACUUCUUCCAUUGUUGUGGAUCGUUUUAAGAAACCAUCUAACAAUGUGUUAUUGCCAAAGACCAAAGAAAAUAUUCUUCAUUCAUCGUCUUCAUUUGCCAUCAAACGACCAUCUAUAGUAUCACCGAGAUCCUCAAUAACAUCUGCUCAAUCAAUGCACAAUAUUUACGAAGCAAGUGCAUCAACAUCUCCUACUUCAUCUUUAUCAACGCUAAAAUCAAACUGGGGACCAGUGCGUGGAUCGAAUAGUUUCGCUGAUGGCGUUAGUUUAUCGUCCCUUUCAUCGUAUACCAUUCCAAGAGUGUCACUUGCAAAUAGUAGCCAAAGAAUCACAAUAAAUGGGAAAAAACCUAAAGAACUUAAUGGAAAUUCUGCUGACUAAAUCAAUUUCCUCCGUAACCACAUCCUCAUUUUCCCUUUCGCUUUACAUUUCUAUGUUGUUCAGUGACUCUUAUCUAAAAAAAAAAAAACACUCAUUUUCUUUCUAUUUUUCAAUGCUAUACCUUAGUUCUUUCUGCUUUCUUAUUCUAAUUUCUUUCUGUUCAUAUUGUUCUUUGUCUCAUGUCUCUAUGUGUAUGUUGUUUAUCAACAAUUAAAAGUGCCAGGAUUCUUGUGCCCCCGGUGCAGAGAAACAAAACACGAUGCUUUAAUAUAUUAAACCAAAAAUAAAAUAAAAUAGAAAAUAAUCAAAAGAUGCCAAAAAAAUUUAGUAAAAAAAAAAUGAAGGAAUUCUAGCAAGUAAUUAAAAUAAAUAAAAGUCAAUUUAAUCGCAUUUAAGUAGUAGAAGAAUUUAUAAUUUGUAUAUAUUAUUAUUAACCUUAUAACAAAACCAACAUUAAUUGUAUUUUUAACUUAAACAAAAAAAUCAUUCCAUAUUAAAUAAAACAACAACAUCACAAUUUCUUUUAUUCGAUUUUAUUUGCACUCAUUUGCAUAAUAACGCUUGCUUCACCAUUAAGUGUUUUUAAUUUCAAUUUAUCAUUGUUAUAUCCUAUAUUCCUUGAAUGAAAUCCUAUUCCUAUAUUCCUUAAUACAAAUCAAAAUAAAAACUAAUAUUAAUGGACUGCUGAAUUGCUACACUAUGUUGCUGCGGCAAACAAAUUUAAAUAAAUUAUGUUCUAAAAUUGAAAUUUAACCGGAAUUAAUGUGUUGAAAUGAAAAUUAA